UUGGAGGGAAAGAAAGAAAAUUUGUUCUAUUUCCUUCGAUCUCUCCCCUUACAUAGAUCAUCAAAGAGAAGUAACCGUCCGCCCCGCCCCAUUCUUCUAUAUGUGGUGCACUUGCUUUUAAAUCAUUCUCACUCGAGAACAAAACCCAAACCCAACAAUCCUUAUACCUCAAUUCAUAAGUUUUUUCUGGUAAAAUCUUUCGCAUUCGAGGUACUCAAACCUCAGAACCCCUAAAACCCUGAUCUCCCUCUCUGUUCAAUGAGGAAAAUCAAAACACUACAUUUCCUGACCUGCAAAUCCUCACUUUUCUCUCCCAUAGAACCUCUCACAAAGCAACCCCACCAUUGUUAUACGCAGAGGUUCUCCUAUGUCGAGGUCAAAAUGAAAUGGAAAAAGGACCGGUAUUUAGACUCUCUUCCUGUCUUGGAUAAAAUCCAUGAUCUGAAAGCAAUAUUCGCUGUGAAAGACUAUAUCAUAAAAGAACCAGAUUUUUGCAUCCCAAUCUCCUGCAUUUCAAAAAAGAACUUUGAAUUAGGAAUACCCAUCAGAGUUGCAACCUUUCUCAGGAAAUACCCAACUAUUUUUAAGGAAGUUACAGGUGAAAAAUACAAUCUCCCAUGGUUUAGGUUGACCCAAGAAGCGAUAGAUCUCGACAGUGAAGAACAGGCAGUGUAUCAGAAUCAUCUGUCAGAUUUCAUCGACAGGCUGAAGAAGCUCCUGUUCAUGACCAAAGAGAAAAGGCUUCCUUUACAAAUAAUCGAAGGUAUGAGGUGGUAUUUGGGUUUACCCAAGGAAUAUUUGAAGGUUUUAAAGAUUAAUUCCAGUGGGUCUUUCUCUCUCUAUGAUAUGGUAGAUGGGAAGCAGGGUCUAAGCUUGAAUUGUGAAGCACUGGAGGUACCCAUUUCUUUUAUUCAGCAAAAAUCUAUGAGAGAAGGGAGUUACAGAGAAGGUGGGCCAAUUGCUUUCUCUCUGUACCCCUCAAAAGGGCUUCGAUUAAAGCGAAAAAUUGAAAAUUGGGUUGAAGAAUUGCAGAAUCUUCCCUAUAUAUCUCCAUAUGAAGACCCCUCUGAUUUGAAUCCAAACAGUGAUAUUUCAGAGAAGAGAGUUGUUGGGGUUUUGCAUGAAUUGCUAGGCCUUUUUGUGGAAAAUUUAGGAGAGAGGAAGAAAUUGCUUUUUCUGAAGAAGCAGUUGGGCUUGCCCCAAAAGUUUCAUAAGGCAUUUGAACGCCAUCCUCAUAUAUUCUACUUGUCUCUGAGAAACAAGACUUGCCAUGUGAUUUUGAAGGAGGCAUACAAUAAGGAUUCUAUGAUAGAGAAACACCCAAUUUUAGGAGUGAGAAAGAAGUUCAUGAAGUUGAUGGACGAGUCUAAGACUGUGAUAGUAAGCAAGCGGCACAAAAAACCAGCAGAAUCUGAUGAUGAGAAAGAUGAGAGGUGUAAUGGAGAUUUACCUGCUGAGUGGGAGAGUGGAGAAGAGGAAGAAAAUCUCAUCUGACUGUUGUUGCCCAUUAUAAUACCUACCCAUAUAUACAUUUCCAUAUACUCAUGAAACCAAUUUCUGUGACUACAGUGUGUUUGUGUGUGUAUGAGAGAGAGAUACAAAUAUCGUUGAAUGUUUGUGUUGCGUCAGAGCGAGAGAACCUUGUCACUUCGGUGCUUGACUCCUGUCUAUAUCGAGUUGCUUUGAGUGGCAACAUUCUAUGUUUUGACUGGUAAUAUCAGGAUUGGACUAGCCACCUGGAAGUAAAGGAAUUGGUCCAGUCAAAAUUGAUCAAACUAUCGAACUAACUCAUCACCCGGCGUUUGAUUCACCCGGUGUUUGUUGGGUUUGUUUCCAUAAUCUGAUUAAUUCUUGUUCCAUUCUCUGUCACUAUCUCUCGUAUUUCUAUCUCUUGAAGUUCUGUUAUCCUCAUUUUGUUUGGUUCUUUGAAUUGUAUUAUUGUGUAUCUGAGAUUGGCUCAUCUGUUCUCUCCAUAUAUUUUUUCAUAUUCCUUUUUUCUUUUAUGUUUUUUCUUUUUAUUUAUUUAUCCUUAUUAUGGUGUCUAUAUCUUUUAUUAAAUGCCUGUCACUCCCACUCAUGUUUCAGAUUUUACUAAAUUCUCUUAAUUUAUUGCUUUUUCUAAUUAAUUUCAUGUUUCCUGGCUUUAAUUCUAUUUUUGCAGUCUGUGGCUUUUCCACUGCUCCCCUGUUUAUGAUCGCUGGAAUUUGGUUCGUGGUAUUUGGGGUGGUCCUCUCUCACUUGUUGCUGCGACUGUUGCUGCCCCUAAGAAUUCCAAACUACUCAAGAGUUGCCUAUGCAUUAUCUCCCAUUUUUCUCAUACUUUUCACCUGUGCUGCCAUAUUUGGAUGUGUUGUUUUGUAUACUGGUCAGGGGUAGUUCCAUGGAAGCACAAAAUGCACCUGAGAUUAUGUAGUGGGCCAGGCUUAUUCGACAGUUGACAAUCUUAAGAACUUCUUGCUGAGUUUAUCAGCUGCUAAGAGCAUUGGGGUUUAUCGCAUCUUCCUUCUUGCUGAUGAUCAGGCUAAGAUCGAUAAUCUUGUCACAAAGCUAAAUGCGUCCGCUAAUACUCUCCAGAAUAGGACGGGGUGCAAUUCUCAGAAAAUUCAGAAUUGGCUUGAUACUGUGUAAGAAGGCCCGAUACAUCUACUGUGCAUCUCGGAUUCGACACACACAUUUCAGAUUCAACACCUGCGCAAAACGAAUUGCAAUAGAGAUACUUUCUGAUUGUCGUGAUUGUCGUGAUUGUCAUGGCUGAAGUUAUGCUAUUUUUAGCAUUUAUUGGAUUUCAUUGGUUAUCAUUGGUUGGAUUCUAGUUGCUGGGACAUUCAUUUUAUGUGGUGUAUUUCUUCUUCUCAACAAUGUUGUUUCAGAUACUUCUGUUGCCAUGCAAGAAUGGGUAGAUCACCCUCAUGCAAGGACAGCACUGGAUGAUAUACUCCCAUGUGUGGAUGUAUACACUGCUAAUGAAUCCUUGUUUCGAAGCAAGGAGGUCUCCUACCAAAUGGUUAAUGUUGUUAAUCAGAUUAUCAACAAUGUCUCCAAUGUAAAUUAUCCUACCAUUGCUGCCCCUUUAUACUACAACCAAUCUGGACCCUUGGUGCCUGUUCCAUGCAACCGGUUUAACUCCGUCAUCACUGAUUGAAGUUGUCAAGCUGGAGAAGUCUCCUUCAAAAAUGCUUCACAGGUAAAAGUCUUGAAGUUGUCAAGCUGGAGAAGUCUCCUUCAAAAAUGCGUCUACAUGUCCUUGGAACACCAUGAGAUUAUUCUCUCCCACUCUCCCACUACUGUAUAUAUGUAUGCAUAUAUGUACAUAUGCACGUAUAUAUAGACAUAGGUUUGAAUAAGUGUGGGGUAUUUGGAAAGAAGAACGUCUACAUUACAUAUCAGAAGGCUUAUACAUUUUUUUCGAGGUUGGGAGCAUGAUUUUAUGCAACAUUAAUGUUUUCCUUGCACAGGAAUUGGAUAGCUUUUUAUGUCAUGAUCUUUCCAAGUUAGUUUAUGGUAUUUGCAACUGAAAAAACUAGUUCUGUA